CAAUGGUCAAGAUAAUUUCGGACUUGUGAGCAGUCAGGGAUGAAAACUACGUUUAUCCUCAUGCUCGCUUUCAUUUAUGCCACUUCGGCUCAAAAUGAGACCAACUCAACUGAAGCCCCACAGAGAAGUACGGCUGUGCGCCCUCGUACUACGAAUCGCACCAUUAGGUAUGGGAUACACUUUGAUGGAAAUGGAUGUAUGUACAAAGUUCUCGGAUCUGGAAAUGCAUUAUUCCCCGUGAGCUGCCACACCUGGUGUCCGGAUGGUAUUUUCUAUAUGCUUCCAAACCUUACCCCCUGUCUCCAGGUCGCUGACAAUUUUGCUGAGAGAAGCUUAAGGCCUGGUGUAACACAGUGCAUCAGAGGUGUUUGUAUUCAUGGAGUAUGUACCAGUGUUCGUCGUCGAAUGAGCUGUCAUGUACCACAGGUCAGAAAGCACUGCUGGGAUGAAUACGGAAACUAUUAUCUCAUGCGACGUUAGGCUCUUCUUUCGUCAAUUCUGUUAACCAAACCUUGCAGUGUACAUGUUCAAUAAACUGAAUGGCUGGAAAA